AUGAAGCUCAACAUCUCCUACCCGGCCAAUGGGUCGCAGAAGAUCAUCGAGGUCGAUGAUGAGCGCAAGCUCCGUCCCUUCAUGGAGAAGCGCAUGGGAACUGAAGUUCCCGGCGAGUCCCUUGGUGACGAAUUCAAGGGUUAUCUCUUCAAGAUCACUGGUGGUAACGACAAGCAAGGUUUCCCCAUGAAGCAGGGUGUUCUCCUUCCCACCCGUACCCGCCUUCUCCUUGCCGAUGGCCACAGCUGCUACCGCCCCCGCCGCACCGGAGAGCGCAAGCGCAAGAGUGUCCGUGGUGCCAUCACCGGUUUCGACCUUGCCGUUCUCGCCCUGAGCAUCGUCAAGCAGGGUGAGGGUGAGAUCCCCGGUAUCACCGACACCGUCGUCCCCAAGCGUCUCGGCCCCAAGCGUGCCACCAAGAUCCGCAGCUUCUUCGGUCUCGACAAGAAGGAUGAUGUCCGCCAGUUCGUCAUCCGCCGUACCGUCACCCGUGAGGGCAAGCAGGACUACACCAAGGCCCCCAAGAUCCAGCGUCUAGUUACUCCCCAGCGUCUCCAGCGCAAGCGUCACCAGAGCGCUAUCAAGCGCCGCCGCGCUGAGGCUUCCCGCGAGGCUGCUAACGACUACGCUAAGCUCCUUGCCGGUCGUGUCCACGAGGAGAAGGCCAAGCGUGACGAGCUCCGCAAGCGUCGGGCGUCUUCGAUGAGAAAGUAA